UGCACUCGCAGGUGCAAGCCACUCUGUUGAAGUUCGAACGAAGUUGAAGAUGGCACAGUUCCUAUGUUCUGUCCUACUUAUGACUCUGAGUCUCUGACCAUAUGACUCUUUGUUUUCGCCACCAACUAGACAUUAGACAAAGCAAGUAAAGAAAGAAAACCUCAAUUCUCACAGGUUCCACUCUCUCUUCUCUUCUGUUGUGUUCUACUUUCUAUUGAAUUUUUUCCAUUAUUAUUUUAAAUGAACGCCAUUUUCUCUCUUUCUUUCUGCUGUUGCAUAUUAUGCGCAUCCCUGGAUCUGGAAACUCACGGUUUCCCCCUUCAUACAUAAAUUAUCCUCAAUUAACUGAUUCUUAGGGUUUCUAAAGUUUCCCCGAGCUAGUUUAACAAAAACAGUUAUGUUUUUUUUUUUUUCGCAUUCUGGUGCGGUGUAAGUUAAGUGGAACUAUUUACAGAUAAAUAAAUCCUUGUUUUUCUUGUGUUACUGCUUCUGCCUCUUCCACGUUUCGUUUUCCGGUGUGUAGUAUAUAUCAUCACCUCACUAUAAAACUCUGUUAAUUAUGUUGUCCUGGUUUCUUGGGGUAUCAUAAUAGUAAACAAAUUUCUUUCUUUCUUUCUUUGUCCUUUUCGAUUUAUAAUAUUGAUUGAUAGAAGAGGUGAAUUCCUUCAGAUUUUAUUUCUUGAUGGAUCCUCAUUUAAAGUCCAAUUUCGUCAACGGAUUUAAAGUCGACCAAGUGCCUAUUAUGCUCAAUGUAGAGGAUCAGUGCCUUGACCCUGUAAAUGGGAUGAGAUCCAUCGACCCGUUUCUUCUUCCACCUGAUCCAAACAAUGCUCAAAUUCCUGUAUCCCUCUCCACCAUUACUACGGAAGAAGACUCUUCCUUGGAUGAGACUGAUUUCUCUGCUACCGUCCUACGCUACAUAAACCAAAUGCUUAUGGAAGAGGACCUGGAGGAGAAGCCCUGCAUGUUUCAUGAUUCUUUGUCUCUUCAAGCUGCUGAGAAAUCAUUCUAUGAGGUCAUUGGUGAGGCAUACCCUUCUUCUUCCAUCCAAAACCAUCACCAAGUGGAGAGCCCUGAUGACAUUCUCUAUAGUAACUUCAUCGAUUUUACCACUAGUACUAGCAACACGGUUGAGUCCCAUUGGAGUAACGUUGAUCUUACUGCGUACAACUACAAGCCUUCUUUACUUCAAACCAAUUUUCCUGCUGACUUUGUUUUCCAGACGAGUUCAACCUAUUGUACCCAAUCUUCUAUGAAUACCACUAGUAGUUUCACUGUAAACAAUGGUGCAUUCUCGGAAAGUUCCAAGGCUGGAUUUUUAGAUUCAAACUUGAUUAGCAAGAGUGAGUCUAUACUGCAAUUUGAGAAAGGUGUGGAGGAAGUCAGUAAGUUUCUGCCUAAAGGGAAUCCAUUGGUUAUUGACCUGGAGAACAACACUUUUAGCCCUUCUUUCAGAAAAGGAAGGAAGAAUCAUGAGCGGGAGGAUGAAACAGAUUUACAAGAUGGGAGAAGUAACAAGCACUUAGCUGUUUGCAUGGAUGACAAUGACUUAUCAGAAUUAUUUGAUAAGGUACUGCUACCCCAGAGGUGGGGAAAUGAGGCAGCUCCUGUGUGUAAUUGUAAAAAAGACCAGCCUAAUGGACCAAACAUGAGCAAGCAGCAGAAAGAAGAAAGAAACAAGUCUGGUAGUGGAAAGAGCAAUGUUAAGAAACAAGACAAUAAUAAGAAGGGAGUUGUGGAUCUGAGGACACUAUUGAUUGUAUGUGCACAAGCUGUUUCUUCUAAUGAUCGUGCAACUGCUAAUGAGUUAUUGAAGCAGAUAAGGCAACAUUCUUCCCCGCUGGGUGAUGGGUCUCAGAGGCUGGCCCAUUGCUUUGCAAAUGCUCUUGAAGCACGCUUGGCUGGCACUGGCACUCAGAUUUAUAGUGCUUUAUCCUCCAAAAGAACCUCUGCUGCAGACACGGUGAAAGCUUACCAAAUGUAUAUUUCAGCCUGCCCAUUCCAGAAGCUUGCAAUUAUUUUCGCAAACCAUACAAUUUUGAAUCUUGCCAAGGAAGUGGAAACUCUUCAUAUUGUAGAUUUUGGCAUCCGUUAUGGCUUCCAGUGGCCUGCACUUAUUUAUCGUCUAUCAAAACGACCUGGUGGACCUCCCAAGCUGCGCAUGACAGGGAUAGAGCUCCCUCAACCUGGUUUCAGGCCAGCAGAGAGAGUACAAGAGACAGGCCUUCGCCUGGCAAGGUAUUGUGAUCGAUUUAAUGUUCCAUUUGAGUUCAAUGCUAUUGCACAGAAAUGGGAAACCAUCAAAAUUGAGGACUUGAAGAUAAAGAAAAAUGAACUUGUUGCAGUGAAUUGUUUGGUUCGAUUUAAGAAUCUACUUGAUGAGACAGUAGUGUGGAAUAGUCCCAAGUAUGCUGUUUUAAAUUUAAUUAGGAAGGCAAAUCCCACUAUCUUUAUACAUACAAGUGUCAAUGGGAGCUAUAAUGUCCCAUUCUUUGUGACACGGUUCCGGGAGGCUCUUUUUCAUUACUUUUCAUUGUUUGAUGUGCUUGACACCAAUGUUGCUCGCGAAGAUCCCAUGAGGUUGAUGUUUGAGGAGGAGUUCUUUGGUAGGGAGGUAAUGAAUAUUAUAGCUUGCGAGGGUUCUAAUAGGGUUGAGAGGCCCGAGACAUACAAGCAAUGGCAAGUUCGGAACAUGAGGGCUGGGUUUAGGCAACUUCCUUUGGAUCAACAUCUCAUAAACAAAUUAAGACGCAGGUUGAGAGAUAAGUACCACAAUUAUUUCAUGCUAGAUGAAGAUGGCAACUGCAUGCUGCAAGGUUGGAAGGGCCGAAUUAUUUAUGCUUCCUCCUGUUGGGUACCAGCAUAGCCCUUGACAAUGUUCUUCCCUGGGUGGUUAGUAGAAGCGUUUCAUGAGUUUGUAGAAGAUGGUCCACUCAGAAAUCUGGCAAACAUAACUUGGCUUCCCAAAAGUCCUAUGGUUAACAUCUAGCACUGUUCAGUUUCAGUACCCAACAUAUUUUUUAUUUAUUUGUAUGUUAAUAAUAUAACUAAUGUCAUGUGUAUGACAUACUUAGAUUCAUACUAGUUGAACUCUUUCUUCCUGUGUUAGGUAGUCUAAGGCUAAGGAGCAGAACCCUGGAAUAUUGAGAUUUUCAGUAAAAAAUUGAGCUACCAUGGUAUAGGUCCUACGAAAAUAGGAAGCAUUCUGAACCCAUAACACUUUUUGGAUACACAUCGUUCUGGUGAGGAACACGGAAGAGAUUUUUUUAUUGUAUUUUUAUUUUUAUUUUUUAUGAAAACACAUGAUUGAAUAUUUGAAUGAUUAUGACUUGCUUUCGUUUUAUAUAAGUGUAGGGAACGGGUAAUAGACUAAUAGGUUAAAGU